CAAGAAUGGCGUCGGUUUUGGUUUUGUGUUUGUGCAGUACCCAAACAUUAAUUCUGAUUUUGUUGCUCCAUUCACUACUGCUUGUGGGUGUCAAAGCACAGAUGCAGGUGAAUCCCUUAUACUACGAUUGUUCAAUGCCCAAUAAUUAUUCAGAAAGAAGCAAAUUCCAAUCAAAUCUUAACCGAUUGCUGUACAGAUCACUGUACAAUAAUGGUAGCGAUUUCAUCUAUACAAAAGCCAGUGAAGGAGAAGACCCUGACAAAGUUUAUGGACUAUUCCUCUGUAGAGGAGACGUUGUACCUAAAGACUGCAAAAACUGCAUAGACGUGGCAAGAGAGCGGAUUCAACGUGAAUGUCCACUCAAGAAACAGGCAAUUAUAUGGUUUGAUGAGUGUUUGGUCCGUUAUUCUAAUGUAUCUUUUGCGUCCAUGUUAGACACCUCGGUUUCUAGGAUCCUGUAUAACACACAAAAUGUUUCACGGCCAGAACAAUUUAUGGGGAAUUUGAGUGCAAUGUUUGAUAAUGUUAUCACUCAAGCUAUUACCGUCAAUCUCAAUCUGAAAUAUGCUGACAAUUCUGAUGAAAUUAACGAUUUUCAAAGAUUGUAUGGCAUGGUGCAGUGUCUACCGGAUUUGUCAGCUGUAGAUUGUGUCACUUGCCUGAAAACUGCUUUUUCUCAAAUGAGUAUAACACUCUUUGACACCAAAAUACCAACAAGAGGCAGAGUUCUUCAUGCAAGCUGCAAUUUAAGGCAAAAAUACUUCAAAGACGAAGCUUAUUAGUAUCAUUAUAGGUGUUACACUAGCAAUUUUAGCUGUUGUACUGGCAGGAACUUGCUUUUACCUUCUAAAAAGAAGAAGACGAAUAGAGAAAGAGAGGAAUGAAAAGAGUCAAGAACUUCAAUUGCUUGACAUAAUAGGAGAAUCACUUGAUGAGAAUGAUGAUUUUGGCUCGGAAAAGAAGGGGAGAUCCAGAGAGUUUCCAGUUGUAAAACUAGACCUCAUUCGAGCGGCUACACAAAAUUUUUCUGCAGAAAACAAGCUUGGAGAAGGUGGA